CAUUAUAUUAUCUUAUAACAAACAUAUGCUUCAUUAGUCAAAGAUAUUUAUGAUUCCCAAAAUGUCGGAGACGAGAAAUGAAAAUUUUACGAAUUCUGCUUCAGAUGAUAAUUUGUAUGACUUUAAAAUGAGGUUGAUGCGACCACCACCAAAAUUUCUGGAUACGGGAUUUAGUGAAAGUUCUUUUGAAAACAAAAUAUUAAAACAUUCCUUUUUGCCAAGCGAAUUUUCAUCAAAUUGUAAAUUUGGAUCAAAAGUUUCAUUUGGAAUUGCAGCAAGGCUUGAGAACACUUCGAACAACAAAGAAAGUAAAAAUGAAGAAACCGAAGAAAAAUCUUUCGUGGAAACUAAGAAAAUCAAAUCGGAGAAACUUGAGGAAAUCUCGAAGCCUUCAAACGGAAAAAUAAAAACUGAAGAUGAAAACAAAUUCACCGACCCUGAUCAGAAGCCACCUUUUUCGUAUGUGGCUUUGAUAGCCAUGGCCAUAAAAGAAUCGACUGAGAAACGCCUUACUCUUAGUGGAAUUUACCAAUUUAUCAUCAGCAAAUUUCCGUAUUACGAGAAAAACAAAAAAGGAUGGCAGAACAGUAUUCGUCACAACUUAAGCUUAAAUGAAUGUUUUGUGAAAGUUCCCCGAGAGGGUGGCGGGGAGAGGAAGGGAAAUUUUUGGACUCUGGAUCCAGCAUUUGAAGACAUGUUUGAGAAAGGAAAUUAUCGCCGACGUCGGAGAAUGAGGCGUCCGUACCGUGCUGCAUUAUCCCUCCCAAAGCCAUUUUUUGCCCCAGAAACUCACUGUGGACCGUACAAUCAAUUUUCCCUGACCAAACCUUAUUUCUCACCCCCUCCUUACUCUCAGUAUUCCCAGUACCCAGGCUGGGCUCAAGCUCUGGCUCACAAUUCUUCACAGGGAAUGGCAAGUGCCAUGAAUCAAAUCAACAAUUACAGUUCUUGUACCCAGGGACGGGUACCUCCUCCGGGCGCCUCCAUUGCACCGUGUAGCUACAACGCCAUGCAACAGGCCAUGCAGAUAUCCCCACCACACGCUCCCACGUACACACAGCUGAAUGACUACCCAGCAGUCCCCACCCCCGGGACGGGGUUCCCCUUUACCUACAGACAACAGAGCGACACAUUGAAUCAUAUGCAUUACACGUAUUGGAGCGACAGAUAAAUGAAGGAUAUAUCUCAGGAGAAGCAGUGUGCAGAUCUCUGUAUAAAAUCUGGAUCGUGAGGGUGUCAUUCUGAACUGUUAUUACAGAAAAACCAUUUACAUGUAUCAUUGUGCCAUUCAUAAUUUAUUCUGUUCAUCUUUAUCAAUAAUUUAUUUGCAAAGAAAUACCCCUAUUGUGAUAAAUAUGUAUCUACAAAUACAGUGUUGCAAUUCUCUUUCACUUGGACAAAAAUUCCACUUGAACCCAAGACCAUUGAAAUCAGAAUUUUGUUUUCAUAAUUUAACAGCCUCCGGAGAAACAAACAAACGUGAAGUCCCAUGCAUGCUGGGAAGGAAAUGCAUGAUUACAGAGACAUAUGCUUAAUUCUCUCCAGCUGAUAC